CGAACCCCUUUCACUUUGGAAUUCCCCUGAAUCCUCCUUUCACCACUUUUUUCUGCGAUCCGUGACAGACAUGGUCAAGCCUCGUGGAUUCUGCACCAACGCAGAAGGCUGGGGCCCCUGGAGCUCCCGGCGUGAAAUCGACCUGACUCCCUGCUUUGAGCAUGGAGUGCUGGGUCCGGCUCUCAACCUGCUGUUCAUUGUCCCUGGCGCUGGUGCGGCUGCGCAAGCUGCAAGGAAUGUAUGCGCUGCCCAGCCCGUACACAAAGACAGCGGUGUAUUACAUAAAGAUGGCCCUGGCUGUCGGCAUUGCGGUGGCAUCUGUCGCUGAGCUUGUACACACGGUAAUGCAGCGGCCACUGUCGCGCAGUUUCAAUGUGUUUGUGGUCGGUCUGUUUGUGCAGACCGCCGCCUACCUGCUGGCUGUCGAUCUGCAUCACUACGAGCAGACACGGGCGCGCACGUCCUCGGGGAUUCUGCUUCUUUACUGGCUCACCAGCCUGCUCCUGGACGGCGUGAUGCUGCGCUCUGAUCUGCACCGCAAGCGCGCGCUCCUGCCAGCACGGUAUGCCGAGCUCGCCAUGACCCUGGCUGUGCUGGUGGAAUACGCGCUGGCGGAGGACGACGAUCUGGAUGACGACUCGGUGAGCCGCUUUGGCGUGCAUUCGCCAGUGGAGGACGCGAAUAUUUUCUCGCAGCUGACGUUCUCGUGGAUGUCGCCGCUGCUGAAGCUGGGGCGCACCAAGCUUCUGACCGAGGCAGACCUGUGGGACCUGCCGCGCAAGUACGCACCGUCGAGGAUUGCGGCCCAGUUCGAGGAGAAGUGGCAGCACGAAGUCGACAAUGAGGCGAAGCGCCAGCCAUCGCUGAUCCGGGCGCUGUGGAGCACGGUGGGGCUGCCGUUUGCGCUGGCCGGGUUCUUCAAGCUGAUCCAGGAUAUCCUGCAGUUCACGCAGCCGGUGCUGCUGUCGCGUCUGAUUGGCUUUGUGUCGUCCCAAUCUCGAACGGAUACUUUCUAUGCAUUCGCGAUGCUCGGCCUGCAGAUCAUCCAGACCCUGUUCCUUCACCAGUACUUCCAGCUGGGCAUGACCACAGGCAUGAAGAUCAAGUCGAGCCUGACCUCGGCCAUCUACCGCAAGGGGCUGAGGCUGUCGAACGACACGCGCCAGGACUACACCAUUGGCAACAUCACCACGCUGUUUUCGGUUGAUGUUGAGCGCAUCGGCGGUGUUGUCGACUACAUGCACAUUGCAUCAUCUUUGCUGUGUAUCUCCUGUACAACACCCUCGGCUGGUCGGUGUUUGCCGGAAUUCCUGGUCAUGAUCCUGGCCAUCCCCGUCAACGGCUGGCUGACGACGCGCAUGCGCGACCUGCAGAAGGCACAGAUGACGAACAAGGACAAGCGCACGACGAUGAUCGACGAGGCCCUGUCAGGAAUCAAGGUGAUCAAGCUCUAUGCCUGGGAGCGCUCGUUCCUGGAGAACAUCCGCGACGUGCGCGAGAACUUUGAGCUGGCCACAAUGAAAAAGUACGGCAUCAUGAACGCCUACGCGUCGCUGUCGAUGAUGGUUGUGCCAUUCCUGGUCUCGUUCCUGACGUUCUUUGUCUACGCCAUGUUUGACGGCGAGUCGCACGGCCCGCUGACUGCCCAGCUGGUGUUUGUCGCCCUGUCGCUGUUCAACCUGCUGCGCUUCCCGCUGACCAUGUUCCCAAUCAUCAUCUCGUCGAUUGUCGAGGCCAGUGUUGCGCUGGGCCGGAUCUACAAGCUGCUGGUCAGCGACGAGCUCGACUUGGAUUCGAUCACACGGCUGGAGAGCGUGCGCAAGACUGCAUCGCCUGGCGAGACUGAGGUCGCUGUGCGUGUCAGUGACGCUGCGUUCAAGUGGGACCGCAACGGCGCCAAUAUUCUGGACAACGUUGACUUUGCCGCCAAGAGCGACGAGCAUCUGGCGGUUGUGGGUCGGGUGGGUUCUGGCAAGUCCUCGCUGGUCUCGGCUCUGCUCGGCGACAUGCGCAAGGUGCGUGGCGAGGUCACUAUCCACGGCAAGGUGGCCUAUGCGUCGCAGCAGCCAUGGAUCAUGAACGCGACGCUGCGUGAUAACAUCCUUUUCGGGCUAAAGUACAACGAGGAGUUCUACAACCGCGUCAUUGACGCCUGCGCGCUGCGCCCCGACCUCGAGAUUCUGGCGGCCGGCGAUCUGACCGAGAUCGGUGAGAAGGGAAUCAACCUGUCGGGUGGCCAGAAGGCCCGUGUCUCGCUGGCCCGUGCUGUCUACUCGCGUGCCGAUGUGUAUAUUCUCGACGAUCCGCUUUCUGCAGUCGAUGCCCAUGUCGGCCGCCAUCUGUUUGACCAGGUGCUUGGCCCGCAGGGUCUGCUCAAGUCCCGCACGCGCAUCCACAUUACCAACGCGGUGCAAUACCUGACCCGCUGCGACUCGGUGAUGCUGCUGCGCGACGGGCAGAUUGCUGAGUAUGGCUCUGCCUUGUCGCUGAUGGAGCGCCGUGGCCUGGUCUUCAAUCUGGUUCAGGAGUUUGGCAACGGUGAUUUGUCUACCCCUGCGUCAUCCGCAGUCACGCCGACAGCUAGCUUCACGCAGCUUGCUCCGCCUGCCGACGCUAUGGACGGCGACCUGUCUAGUUCAAGCAGCGGGCGCCGCCGCUCGACCGUGCAGACGCUGCCAGCAGCCAGUGUUGCGCCGAUCCAGAGAGCCGGCCAGCUGCGCACCACCGACAGCAUCCAGGGCGAUCAGCUUAUUGAAGCCGAGAUCUCGGCUACCGGCAAGGUCUCGACGGAGUCAUACAUUGACUAUCUGCGCGCAUGCACGUUCUACGGCAUCUUCGUGUUCGUAGCCAGCAUGCUGAUGAACCAGGGGCUGCUGGUGCUCAGCAACGUGUGGCUAAAGACAUGGUCGUCGGCGAACGAGCAGCAUGAGCGCGAAGGCACCGAGGACCCACACAAGCCCAUGUACUACAUCACUAUUUAUGGUCUGUAUGGAGUCGUCGCCGCGGUCUUCUGCUUGAUCCGGUCGCAGACGCUGUGGACAAUCUGCGCUGUCAACUCUGGAAAGACCACGCACAAGAACAUGCUGUACGCGGUGUUCCGCUCGCCCAUGUCGUUCUUUGACACAACCCCGCUGGGCCGGAUCCUGCAGCGCUUUUCCAAGGACCAGAACUCGGUGGACUCGGUGAUUCCGCAGACCCUGGCGUCGUGGUUCCAGAACCUGUCCAACAUCUCCUUUUCGGUGAUUGUCAUUGUGGUGUCGUUCCCGGCGUUUGGUGUAGUCCUGGUGCCGGUGGUCGUGUUCUUCUUCUACCUGAAGCACUACUUCUUGACGACGUCGCGGACACUGAAGCGUCUGGACUCGACCACGCGGUCGCCCAUCUACGCGAGCUUCCAGGAAACCCUCGGCGGUGCCUCGACGGUGCGCGCCUACGGACAGGCCGAGCGGUUCAUGGCCGAGAACAUCCGCAAGCUGGACGCCAACCAGCGGUGCGUGUUCCCGUACCUGUCUCUGAACCGCUGGCUGGCGGUGCGGCUCGAGUUCAUGUCGGCGUGCAUUAUCUUCGCGACAGCCCUGCUAGGCGUCCUGUCGCUAAAAUACAGCGCCAUUGACGCCGGCCUUGUUGGCCUGUCGGUCACCUAUGCCCUGCAGAGCACGCAGCAGGUGAACUGGAUGCUGCGCAUGGAGUGCGAUCUGGAGAACUCCAUGUGCGACUACGUGCGCAUCCAAGAGUACGAGCAUCUGCCAUCUGAGGCGCCCGAGGUCAUUGAGGACAACCGCCCCACUGAGCAGUGGCCCGAGCAGGGUGCUGUCGAGUUCCGCAACUACUCGACGCGCUACCGCGAGGGUCUGGAUCUGGUGCUGAGGGAAAUCUCGUUCACUAUCCGUCCCAAAGAGAAGGUCGGCAUCGUUGGACGCACUGGCGCUGGCAAGUCGUCGCUGACGCUGGCGCUGUUCCGUAUCAUUGAAGGUGCGUCGGGCCAGAUUCUGCUCGACGGCCAGGACAUCUCCAAGUACGGUCUCUUUGAUCUGCGUAGCCGCCUCUCGAUCAUCCCCCAGGACCCGGUGCUGUUUGCUGGCUCGGUUCGUAGUAACCUGGAUCCGUUCAACAAGUACUCGGACGACGAGAUCUGGCGUGCGCUGGACAACGCCCACCUGGGCGAUGCCAUUCGCGCAAAGGACGAGCGUCUGGAGUUUGUUGUGACGCAGGGCGGCGAGAACUUCAGCGUUGGCCAGCGCCAGCUUAUCUGCCUGGCCCGUGCCCUGCUCAAGCGCGCCAAGAUCCUGGUGCUCGACGAGGCUACAGCGGCGAUUGAUCCCGAGAGCGACUCCAUCAUCCAGGAGUCGAUCCGCAAGGAGUUCAAGGAUUGCACGGUGCUGACCAUCGCCCACCGCCUCAACACCAUCGUCGACUCCGACCGUAUCCUGGUGCUUGACAAGGGGAAGGUGGCAGAGUUCGACACGCCAGAGAUCCUGCUGAACAAGCAGGACGGCGUGUUCCGCGAGCUCUGGGCAAGGUCUAACGAAAACUAA